GAAGGCCGUGGUUAUCGAUCCCGCUGCUGGAGGGAGGCGGCGGAGAAGCAGCAGAGAAAAUGGCGGCCAUGGCUGCGGAGGCGGCAGCGACUGCAGCGGUGCCGGGCGAUGGGGGGGCGGGCGAAGCCGAGCCCGAGAUGGAGCCCAUCCCGGGCAGUGAGGCCGGCGCGGACCCUCCUCCUGCAGUCACCGAGGCCGUGGAGUCGGCGGCGCCCGACGGAGAGGAGGCCGACGGGGGAAAGGGAGCUCCCGGCGAGGCCGAGGAGCCGCCGCCCGUGCAGCUCGCCCGGAGCCCGGCCGGGACGCGGGAGCCGGAAGGCGAAAGGACGGAGACGCCGCCGCCCUCCGGCCUGGAGGCGGGUUCGCCGCAGGCCGAGCUCCGAGGAGCGACCGGCCCGGAGCCCGAGGAGCGGCCGCAGCCCUGCCCGCCGCCCGCCGCGCGUCCCCAGCUUCCCGAGGAGUGGCCGCAGCCCUGCCCUACGGCUGCCGGGGGCUCCGCGAAGCGGGAGCCCGGGGAGGAGCCGUCCCGGCCGGAGGAGGAGGAGCCGGAUGCUGCCGCCGCGGAGCCCGAGCGCCCGCCGCCCGCCGCCCCGAGCGGGGGGGAGGCGGAGGCGCCGCUGCUGCCCGGCUCCGAGGUGCGGGUCACCCUGGAUCACAUCAUCGAGGACGCCCUGGUGGUCUCGUUCCGGCUGGGGGAGAAGCUGUUCUCCGGGGUCCUCAUGGACCUCUCGAAAAGGUUUGGACCCCAUGGAAUCCCUGUGACCAUAUUUCCUAAAAGGGAAUACAAGGAUAAACCUGAAGCCAUGCAGCUCCAAAGUAAACCAUUCCAAGAUGAGGCACAGGUGAAGUGUGAAUCUAAUGCUGCAGUCCCCGAUGACUCUUCUCUCACACAGCCAUCAGAACCAAGCUUAGCUAAAAGCCUAUGGACUUCUAAACCACCUCCUCUCUUCCAUGAGGGAGCGCCAUAUCCUCCUCCUUUGUUUAUCAGGGACACAUAUAACCAGUCAAUACCUCAGCCUCCGCCCCGGAAAAUUAAGCGGCCCAAGCGUAAAAUGUACAGGGAGGAGCCCACUUCUAUUAUGAAUGCUAUCAAACUACGACCCCGACAGGUCUUAUGUGACAAGUGCAAAAACAGUGUUGUUGCAGAAAAAAAGGAGAUAAAAAAAGGUGGCAAUGCAAGUGACUCUUCAAAAUAUGAGGAUAAUAAAAAACGAAGAAACGAGAGCGUGACUACUGUGAAUAAAAAACUUAAGACUGACCAUAAGGUGGAUGGAAAAAGCCAAAAUGAAAGCCAGAAAAGGAAUGCUGUGGUCAAAGUUUCAAAUAUUGCCCACAGCAGAAGCAGAGUAGUUAAAGUUACUGCACAAGCAAAUACUUCAAAAGCGCAGUUAAAUACAAAAAAAGUUCUCCAGAGCAAAAACAUGGAUCAUGCAAAAGCUCGGGAAGUCUUGAAAAUGGCCAAAGAAAAGGCACAAAAGAAGCAGAGUGCAACCUCCUCUUCCAAAAAUGCACAUUCAAAGGUCCACUUCACACGGCGUCUUCAGAACACCAGCUCAGGUUCCCUCCCACCCCGAUUGCGUUUAAAGCCACAAAGAUAUCGGAAUGAAGAAAAUGACUCUUCUCUCAAGACAGGACUUGAGAAAAUACGGAGUGGCAAGAUGGCAACUAAGCCGCAGUCUCGCUGCUCCUCCACCCGCUCAGCAGGUGAGGCCCCUUCAGAAAAUCAGAGCCCCUCAAAAGGCCCUGAAGAGGCCAGCAGUGAGGUUCAGGACACAAGUGAAGUGCAUGUAACUGUUGAUCAGGAUGAACACCAGACAUUGGGCAAGAGAGGCAGCAAAAGCAAUAUAACGGUUUACAUGACCCUUAAUCAAAAGAAAUCUGACUCUUCCAGUGCAUCAGUAUGUAGUAGUGAUAGCACAGAUGAUUUGAAAUCUACCAACUCUGAGUGUAGCUCUACUGAAAGCUUUGAUUUUCCUCCAGGCAGCAUGCAUGCACCUUCCUCCUCCUCCUCCUCUUCGAAAGAAGAGAAAAAGCUCAGUAAUUCCUUGAAAAUGAAAGUCUUUUCCAAAAAAGUCUCUAAAUGUGUUACACCAGAUGGCAGGACCAUAUGUGUAGGGGACAUUGUUUGGGCCAAAAUUUAUGGCUUCCCUUGGUGGCCAGCCCGUAUCCUGACCAUAACUGUGAGCCGGAAAGAUAACGGUCUUUUAGUUCGCCAGGAGGCUUGUAUAUCAUGGUUUGGCUCCCCAACAACGUCUAUUCUUGCUCUUUCACAACUAUCCCCCUUUUUAGAGAACUUCCAGUCGCGCUUUAAUAAGAAGAGAAAGGGUCUUUACCGCAAGGCCGUCACAGAGGCAGCCAAGGCUGCUAAGCAGCUGACUCCCGAAGUUCGGGCCCUGCUGACGCAGUUUGAAACGUGAACAUGGAGAGUAAGCUCAGAGGCACUAGGCAGCUGCUGUUCUUAUGGAACCUCACUACACUGCCACGAAGAGCACCAGCUCAUCAGGACUGAAAGAAAUCUGAGACUGAAUGGUCCUAUUUUUCCUCUGAAAUCUUCACCAAGCAGUAAACAUUUUUUGAAUGGGAAAGGGGGUAAAUAUGUUGAAGCCACCCCUCGCACCCUGCUGGGGCACCUGUACCUAAUGUACAUUUUCUUUAAAGUUUAAAAAGAUGUUAGGAAAUAUUUUAUAAAACUUUUUUGCAAUAAAUGACGCAUGAAAUUAUUACAGACUCUAUGACACUUACAUGCAAGGAACCACUUGAAUUAUUGGUAUGAAGAAUCACUGCAAAUAACUGUUUUUUUUUUGUAAUGUGACAGUCAGUUUGUAUGUUUCGAUAGGUGCCAGUGAUGGAGCCAAUUGCCUGGGAAGUUGACUGUAACUUUUGAACUUUUAUUUUAAUUCUUAACUUUAGCAUUGCAAUUUUCCAUUCUAUGAGGCUUAGUUAGUAUUUAGUGCAGGUGUUAGCAGAGCUGUGACCUGUGAUCAAAAGCAUGUCUGAAACCAGUUGUAUUGUACAAUAUGAACAGUCCUGCUACGUGAGACCAACAUUUCCCAUAGAAGUGAUGGAAGGGGCAGUGACCACAAAUCCGUGUAUCUCUGUAUUAUGGGAAAGCUCCUUCUGUGUGAAUAUGGUUGCAUUUUAUUUAUGCUGUUGUACCACUUAGGGAACCGAGGAUUGCAGAAGGGUUACGAUGCAGAGAGCAGCGUUUUGCUUAUGAUACUUUGACGAGAUGGGAGUCGUGAAUGUGGAGAGAUUAAAUGGAAUGGCAUUUCUAUUUCAAAUCAUGGGUUAAUUUUUCCUUUUGACGUCAAUAUUUCUCAGAUACGUAAGUAGUAGAGCAAAGGCUUUAUUCGUGUUUCUGAUGGUUGUUGACUUCUUUGAAUAGCUGUAAAUCAAAAAAAGAAACCCAGUGGGUUUGAUCCAUUUUAUUCCCUUUCCCCAAAAGGUGUCUGGUGAUUACGACUUACUUCAGUGGAGCUUGUGAAUGCUGGACAUGCUGCUGAAAUAUUGACUUAUUAAAUAUUAAUUUAUUUGUCACUGAUUAUUUCAUGUUGUGUGCACAUUUUCUCAGCAGUAUCAUUUCUUACAACGUUUUUAGAAGGGGAUCUACUAUAUAGCCUGGGAAAAAAUAUUUGUUCUGAAGAACUGAAAAUGUGCACAUAAUCUACUCAAAGUCAAAUUUCUGUUUAUAUAGAAGUGAAAAGACUUGUAUUAAACUCUUUUCCUCUUUACUAAUAUCCUGAUUUGAUUGGAGAGCACAGUGUCUUUGUCCAGAUCAUUUAAAAAGAAAAAUACCUUUCUGAGAGGUGUCUGUCAGCAUGAAGGCAGUUUUACAGCCUUCGUGUAUGGAGCCUGAAUUAAGUAACAUAGAAUCCAAACUCACUCCACCUCCACUGCUUGGCUUUGGUGCUGGCAGUGGGUUUCAGUUAGUUGAGCAGUUGGGGAGAAGGGCAGUGAGGGGCUGGAGCAGCUCCAGCAAGGGCAAAUCAGCAAUGCACACAGUGAGGCUGGCCGUGCUGAGCGCUUGCUCAGUUCCUUUUAUUAAGAGGUAAUUUAUUUAUAAAGCUGGAAAUGGAGCACAUGCUGCCUACUUCUUAACAAACAGCUGCAUCAUGCUAUAUAGUAGGUUCGAGUUGUACAGUUUUUCAUAAUAAACUGCAAUCCUUCUUUUUAAGUUUCGGAUUAAUGUUUGGCAGCACUCUUCCUUUUCACCAGUCAGGUGCUGUUGGUGGCUGAGAUGUGAUUAGAAUUUAGAAAAAUUAAGGCAUCUGAUGUGAUGAAAGGGAAAGUGAUGUGCUAUGGUGUAUGUGCUGGCCUUUCACCUCUGGACACCAAACCCCCAUUGCACUGCUAAUCAGUGACAGCCUUGGCCUAAUAAAUCACAUUUUUUAUCCACACCCACCCACCCUCACCCAAAACCAAACAACCAAAUUAAAAAGAAGCCACCAAACAACAUGGCACAAAACAGUUUCUGCUCAGGAAAAAGGCCCAGGACUGUAAUAGCAGGGUUAUUGCACAUUGGGUUGAAAACCGAUUGAUGUUGUAAGUAGAAGCCGGUAGUGCCUGCCUGUGUGACAUCUGACUCUUAACCAGUGCUCUGAUUUCCUCACCAUGAGCACUUGUGCACAGCAGCUGAAAUAUAUAUAUAUAUAUAUUUAAAAAAACACUUAAGAGUGAUGCAGGUCUAUGCAUUGGAUAAUAUGGGUAUAUAAGCAAACAGCAUAAAAAUAGACAAGGUAGCUAACUGUACUUGUGUUUGUUUUCACAGAAAGUAUUGCAGCCAUUUUGUUUGAAACCAGAUUUUCAUUUUGAAAUGAAAUUGUCAGGGAUAUUCUAAUGAUAGAGAAUUACAGUAAUGUAUUGCUUUUCACUUUUUUGCUUUAGUUGCUUAAUAUUUAAGCUUUGCUCCGUGCUACCUUCUUGUCUGUAUAUUGAAUGGUCACUAUGCCUCUUUCAUUUUGUAGACUUGAAUGAGGAAAACGAUUCAUCCUUUAAGGUUUGCUGAGAAGUAAAUGAUAAAGAAUGUUGUGUAACAUUUAUUCAAAUAAAGCCUUGAUUUUUUUCA